AUGCAAUUGAUAAGCACCAUCUUGACAAGUGUCUUACUUGCCUCUAGUGUUUUGGCAGAUAACACCAGUAGUGACUGGACCACUCUUAAGGCCACCGGAACCCCAUCAGGAGCCAUCACCUCAUACGCUUCAAGUUUUGCCAUCGCAGUCGUUCCUGUUACCACUGGUACUUGGACCAUAAAAGCAUCUACCGGAGCCGCCCAAUUGGAAGCUUUAUCUAUCGAAGCUGCUGAGAAAACCGCUUCUGCAACUGUGGCUUCCGUUGCUGCUGUUGCCACCGAUGAUGCGGUAGCAACGAGCGACGCUGAUGAAACUGCCACCGAUAGUGACAGUGCAGCAGCAGCCACCAAUACCGAUGAUUCCUCAGAUAGUGACCUGAGCUAUAGAAAGAGACACAAUUUCAAGAGACAACUUACCGUUUUGGCUCGUCGUGAUACUGACAGUACCGAUACCGCUUCGGGUACCUAUGAAAGCUAUGCUACUGCUGAAACUGACGCAGUCGCCGCUUCAUCUACUGCUGAAACUGACGACUACGAUAGCGUUUCAGCCAGCUCCACUAUCGCUUCUGUAGCGACUGAUGCAGUUUCUACCGAUUCCAGUGACCCCAUUACCACAGUUUCUUGCGCAGUUAAUGGUACUUUGUCCAUGACUUUGAAGGAUGGUAUCUUGGUUGAUUCUAAAGGUCGUAUUGGUUCUAUUGUUUCCAACAGACAGUUCCAAUUCGAUGGCCCACCACAAGCCGGUUGUAUUUACGCUAACGGCUGGAGUAUUACUAGCGAUGGUUAUUUGGCAAUUGGUACCACCGAAAUUUUCUACAGAUGUUUGUCUGGUGGUUUCUACAACUUGUACGACCAGAAUGUUGCUUACCAAUGCAGUCCAAUCAAGUUCCUUGCCACCGGUAUUGAAGACUGUUAA